AUGCAGUCCAUCCUCGCUCGCUCGCCGCUCCUCCGCCAGCAGGCCGCCCGUGCUGCCCGCCGCGUCCAAGCUCGCGGGGCCCAUGCUGACCACAGCCCCGUCCCCUUCUCGUUCCACAGCAAGCCCGCCUUCGCGGCGAAGACCAUCGCCUACCUCGUGGGCGGCUUCAGCAUCCCCUUCGUGGCCGCGGCCUACCAAUUGAAGAAGUCCGGCGCUGGUGCGCAGGAUUAA